GAAAACAAAAUGUCAACAAAACAAACAAAUUUGCCACAGUUACAUGUGCGUGGAAACGUAUACGUCCAUGCAGUCAUUAAAUUCUGCAUAUUGUGAGAGUACAAGAUGAAAUUUCCGUUAUUCCUGAAGAUUUGCCCACCAAAAGCUGCUGUCAUGUACACAUUUAUUACUAAGUCUGAACUGUUUUGUUUUGUGUCUGUGAUAUUUUUUUUCCUGGACUUUUGUUCUACUUUUGAUGUGAAAGCACAGAGAGAAAAGUACAUUCCAGAUUAUAGUGUAUAUCAUAAUUAUUCUAUGUUACACAGGGAGAUAACUCAGAUUGUUAAAAGAAAUCCAAACUUUAUGAGAAUUGAGAAAGAAUAUGAAUCAAGAAACAAAGUUUCACAACUAGUUCUCCAUAUAACAAACUUCACAGGAAGUUUCAAUACCCAAAUCUCAAAAUAUACAGAGAAUUCCAGACUUAAAAUUUUAUUCUCUUAUGGUGUUCAUGCAAGGGAAUUUUUACCAACUGAAAGCUUGCUAUAUCUAUUGAAAAAUUUAACCAAAGGACUUACAUUUCCACAUGGAAGUUUUGAGGAGCAAUUUUCACGUUAUGUUUUAUCUCAUAUAGAUAUUUAUAUAAUAUCUGUGGCUAACCCUGAUGGAAGGCUAUAUAUAGAAUCUUCAAAUAAUUAUUGCUGGAGAGGAACUGAGACUGGCGUAGAUCUGGAUAGAAACUUUGACUGGGAGUAUGGAAGGAAAGGAAGUUCAUCAGAUCCUAAAGAUGAAGAAUACAGAGGUCUACAUAAAUUUUCAGAGCCUGAAUCUCUAGCAUUUACAGAUCUGACAGAAAAGAUAAAAUUUGAUCUGUUUAUGUCUUUUCAUUCUGGUAUUAAACAUAUAUACAUUCCUUUUGCAGAUACAAAGUCAAAAAAGAUUGGACGACAAGUUGAUAACCUGGAUGAUAUGUUAGAUUUAGCUAUGGAACUAUCUCAUUGUACAAAGUAUACAUAUAAAUAUGGUCAAGCAUAUAAGUUAAAUGAUUAUACAGCGGAUGGAACUAUAUUUGAUUUUAUGGCUGGAGUUAGAAAGGCAGGAAUAGAUGGUUCCCCAAUUUAUUUUCUUAUCUUACAGAUUUCUUUCUCGUACACAGUGGAACUUUGGGGGCAAAAUCACAAAGGAACCAGCUGUUUUGAUUUGUUUAAUCCACCAAAUGAGGAUUUGAAGGAAGUUUUAGAAACAAUUCACCCAUUAUAUGUUCAACUGUUUAGAUACAUGAUAGAUUGGAAAUCAAGCCAAGUCAGACAUUUAACAGAAGAUUUUAAAGAAGAAUCCUCACUUAAUUUUGGUUACAUUCUGAUGAUGCUUUCUGCCUGUUUGACAUUUUUUGUGUGUUUAACUGGUAAAAAUAGAUUCCAUCACAGAAGGAGGAUUGUUAGCCUUAAAUCAUUAGGAUCAUCAUUUUCAGCUUCGUUUAUGAAAGCAUAAUAUAUAGAUAUACAUGUAAUAUUAAAUAAAUUAAUUUAUAGUAUUGUUAUUAAAAAUAUUAAAACUGAA